GCAUACUCGAGGCAGGCCGAGUCAGGCCGAGGCUCGAGAGUCGUCCAGGAGUUUUCGACUCGAACCAGUCCCUUCGAAAACUAUCCCGAAGCCCAUCGUCGUCGUCGUCGUCGUCGUCACCGUCGUCGUCGUCGUCGUCGUCGUCGUCGUCGUCGUCGUCGUCAUAGUCGUCGUCAUAGUCGUCUUUGUAAUCGUCAUCAUCAUCAUCAUCGUCGUCGUUGUCGUCGUUGUCGUCGUCGUCUUUUCUCAAAUCGUCAGCUCAAUUUCGUGCCACGAUUUUCUUCGAAGAAAUCCUUUUCGAAUUUUGAUCAAUCAAUUAUAUAAUAAUUUAAAAAGGACGAUCAAUCGACGAAGGGAUAAGUAAGGGACUGAAGCGAGGGACACAAGCAGAGACAUGGACAAUGUGCAAAUGAUCGGCACUAAAAUCACAGCGAUCAAGGAAUACUUAUAUAACUUUGCAAGGACGCACUCACCCACAAGACUAAUGAGUAACGAAAAUACCUACUCCCUCUCCAGGGAACACUGUAACCUCAAAUACUCGGACAUCCUGCCUCACAAUGCCGAAAGUUAUCCAGCGACGAAAGAGUUCCUGAUGAAGGUCGUGGACAUCCUAUUGGAUUACAUCAAAGCAACGAACGAUCGAAACGCUAAGGUCCUAGAUUUUCGUCAUCCAUCCGAAAUGAUUCGUUUGCUUGAUCUCGAGAUACCUGACACUGGUCUGACUUUGCAACAACUAUUGAUCGACUGUUCAACGACAUUAAAGUAUCAAGUGAGAACGGGACAUCCACAUUUCUUCAAUCAACUGUCCUGUGGUCUUGAUCUGGUGUCGAUGGCCGGCGAAUGGUUGACGGCGACGGCGAAUACAAACAUGUUCACUUACGAGAUCGCUCCUGUUUUCAUACUAAUGGAAAAUGUUGUACUUCAAAAGAUGAGGGAAUUGAUCGGUUGGAAUUGUGGCGAUUCGAUCCUAGCACCAGGUGGAUCCAUCAGCAAUUUAUAUGCGUUCCUAGCGGCAAGACAUAAAAUGUUUCCUUCGUACAAAGAACGUGGUCUUUCAUCGAUAGGAGGCCAACUCGUUAUGUUUACGUCCGAUCAGUGCCAUUAUUCCGUGAAAUCGUGCGCUGCCGUUUGCGGCUUGGGUACCGACAAUUGCGUUAUGGUACCGAGCGAUGAACGUGGUCGAAUAAUACCAUCGAAAUUGGAAGAACUUAUCCUAGAACGCAAGGCCAAAGGUCACAUACCAUUCUUCGUAAAUGCAACAGCAGGGACAACCGUGAUCGGCGCAUUCGAUUCAAUACCAGAGAUAGCUGAUAUUUGCAAGAAAUACAAGCUUUGGCUUCACGUAGACGCAGCUUGGGGCGGUGGUUUACUUCUAUCUCGAAAGUACAGACAUCCAAGAUUGACUGGCAUCGAACGGGCCGACUCGGUUACGUGGAAUCCGCACAAAUUGAUGGGAACUUUACUUCAGUGUUCGACCAUACACUUCAAGCAGGAUGGUCUAUUAAUUAGCUGUAAUCAAAUGUCAGCGGAAUACUUGUUCAUGACCGAUAAACUCUACGACGUACAAUAUGAUACCGGUGACAAGGUUAUUCAAUGUGGUCGUCACAAUGACAUUUUCAAACUCUGGCUACAAUGGCGAGCUAAAGGUACGGAAGGUUUUGAAAAACACAUGGACAAAUUAAUGGAACUAACAGAAUAUAUGGUCAGACGUAUCAAACAAAUGCCAGACCGAUACUACUUGAUUCUCGAGCCUGAAAUGGUGAACGUUUGUUUCUGGUAUUUGCCAACGCGCGUUAGAAAUAUGCCGCACGGUCCGGAAAGAGAAAAGAUUUUGGGCGAAAUCUGCCCGAUCCUGAAAGGUCGCAUGAUGCAAGCUGGUACAUUAAUGGUUGGUUAUCAACCCGAUGAUAGGAGACCCAACUUCUUUAGAAAUAUCAUUUCGAGUGCUGCAGUUACAGAAGCUGACGUUGAUUUCCUAUUGGCUGAGAUGGAUCGAUUGGGUCACGAUCUCUAAGCUAUCUGCCUAAUAAUAUAAAAUUGAUCGAUCGAUCUUCUCAUCCUAUCCGACUCAUCCUAUCGAUACGGAUAAAACCACGCAAACGACGAUUGAUCUAAAUUGAGAGAAAAACUAUAUUGACGAAUAAUAUUUAUUUAGAUGUGUACAAAACUCACGUGGCCAAAAUUCAGAUUCGCAUAAUUCAUGAAAUAUUAAUCGUAAUUAAUCGUAAGAAACAUGCGUUAAUACGAACGGAUGCAUGCGGCCUCUUUUAUUUAUUUAUUUAUUUUUUUGUUUUGUUUUGUUUUCUAUAGAGAAUAAUCAGUCGAUUAUGAUCAUCUUCGAUCAUUUUUAAAAAUCUAAUUUUAAUAUCAUGUCUUUUUUUUUCCUUUUUUUUUUUUUUUAUAAGAAACGAUCUUUUCAUCGACGAACUAUUCAUAAACUUUUCUGUUUAUAUAUGUUUUUUAUUUUAUUUAAAAAAAUUAAAUUAGAUAUUUUAUAUAUAUAUAUAUAUACGUUGUUGUUAUUUAUUGAAAAAAAAAAUAAUAAAUAAAUUAAUAUAUUAAAGUUUAAAUUCAAGCCUGAUGCACCGAACGCAUUCGUUAAUCGUUCCUUAGGACAACAUUAGGUAUUAACAUAAUUCGUUUAUAAGUGUUGACAUCAUUGUUUAAAUAAUGAAACUAAUAGCGUACGAAGAAUGAUCGCAAGUUGUUAACGCAAGUGUGAGCGCAUGAUAAUACAAAAGAAAAAUAAAUGAAUAAAUAACAAUAACAAAAUGAAUACGAAGAAAAAGAAGAAAAAAAAGAAGAAAGAGAAAAGGAUAUAAAAAUGCAACAAACUGACGAUGGUUAAAAGAUACUCAUAGUGUUUAAGACAUUUAGAUCUGUAAGGGAAAUACACAACAGCAUAUCCAUAUGAAAAUAAUUACAAGAGAAAAAAGAAAAAAAAGGAAAAAAAAAAAAGGUAAAAAAAAUGUUGAGUUACAACAAAGUAGAUAUUUCCGGCCGUAUAAAAAGUUAAAUAAAAUAAAUAAAUGAAUAAAUGAAUAAAUAAAUACAAAAAAAAAAUAUAUAUAUAUAUCAGAUUUUCACUUUACUCUCUAUCUCUUUCUUUCUAAACCACGUAUGUAAAUAAAUAAAUACAUACAUACAUACAUACAUACAUACAUACAUACAUACAUACAUACAUACAUACAUACAUACACUCCUAUAUACGAACAUACAAAAAACAAAUAAUAGAAACGAAAGAUGUAAGUAUAUUAAUUGCAGGAAUUCAUUUAUGAUAGAUUAAAGCAAUAACAACGUCAAUAUAUAUAUAUAUAUAGAUAUGAAGAUGCUCAUCCCAACUUUUCUAAUCAUUCAUUAUUGGAAUCGAUUAAAAAUUAAUAUCAAUUAUGAAUUCGUCAAAUCUAAAUAUUCGAGGAAAAUUCAAAGAUAUAUGAAUGAAAAUAUAUUAAAGAAAUCUGAACACACGAAUUGCGUUACGCUUGCACAUUUGCGCAAUUGAUUAGAACUUAAUUUCGAUUAUAAAUUCGUCAAAUAUCUAUAUAUAAAAAAAAAAAAAAAAAAAAAAAAAAAAAAAAAAAAGAGAAAAAAGAGAAAAAAGAGAAAAAAAGAAAAAACAUCUGAGAGAAAAUAGAUAAAAAUAUGACAAAAUAAAAUGGUGAUCUAAGACGUCAUAAUAUAAAUUGCGUUACGCUUGCACUUCAAUUAUUAUAUAUGCGUUGAAUCGUCGUUGUUGUUGUUAUUGUGUUGUACGAGUUACAACGAAUCGCAAAUGAGUAAAGUAAAGUAAAGUAAAGUAAAUAAAUAAAUAAAUAAAUAAAUAAAUAAAUAAUCAACUAACUAACUACGCCUAUUAUAUAGAGAGAUAUCAUAAUUGAAAAAAAAAAUAAAAAAAAAAAUAAAAAAAAAAAUUUACGAACGAAAUGCCACAAUGAUUAAAUAAUACAUAAAUAAAUGCAUUUAUAACUUGUGGCUUCUUGCUUAGAGUAUAGUUAUCGAUGCUGUGCAUUAUUUUUGUUAUAUAAAUAUCGAUUACAAAGAGAAAAAAAUAUUGUUAUUUAUCAAAUCGUUUGCAGCAAACAAACAAAGAAAUAUAUCUUGCAUUUAUUAUUAUAUUAUAUACCGACAUAAUUAUAUAAUAUUAUUGUUUACUGUUGAACAGUUCGAGCAAAACAAAGUGUAAUGAAUUAAAUAUAUAUAUAUAUACAAAAAUAUAAAUAUCAAAACAUAUAUAUUAUAUAUAUAUAUAUAUAUAUAUAUAUAUACAUAAACAAAUAUACAUAUAUAAUGUAAUAUGUAUAUUUAGUGUUGAGACAAUUUUAAAAUACAAAACACAAACCCAUGAAAGUACAUGCUUUUCAAAUAUUCGCAUGAACGGUUGUCAAAUGAUUUCGAAGUUCGAUUGUUUAAAUUUCUCGAGAUUGAUUAUUUAAUUUAUCUUAUUAUUCCAAAGUGAUUAUUAUUUAUAAAAAAAAAAAAAAAAGAAAAAAAAAAAGAAAGAUAUAUACAUAUAAAUAUGACUUUAAAAUCUGAUAUAAUACGAAACUAAUUUCUUUUUCAAUUCUUAAUGUUGAAUAAUAAUUCUUUUCCUUUUCUUUUUUUUUUAGCAAAAAAAAAAAAUGAAACACAUAUUUUUUUCUCAUUUUAUUAAACUUCCGUUUAUUCGACAACACUUCAAAUCGAAUAAUUCUACAGAUUUCAACUCACUCGCCAGUAUUGAGUAACUCAAGACUAAAGAUAAGCGAAUAAAAAAGAAAAAAGAACAAAGUAAAAAAAAUAAAUAAAAACGAAAAAAAAGGAAAAGAAAAAAAAUUUACAAAAAAUAUCUAGAUGUAAUUAACGCGACAAAGAUAAUAAUGAAUGAAUGACUAAAUAAAUAAAUAAAUAAAUAAAUAAAUAAAUAAAUAAAUGUAUUUAUGUAUAAUACACAUACAGACACAGAGAGAGAGACACACGAAAAUAAUCAAAGAUCGUUCUUCUCCAUACGACGAUCUAUAGAUCUCAAUUAAAAUGAUAUCAUUAUUCAUUAUGUAGAAUAAAAUCGAGAAUAUCUUUUUUUCCUUUUUUCUUUUUCGAUGCCAAGAACGCUAGAAAUUCAUUAAUCGACUUGACUCUAAAGUGUAACAUUAUUAUAUAAAUAUAUAAAUAUAUAUAUAUAUAUAUACACACAUACAGGGUGGGCCAAAAGUUUCUAGGUAGUUUUAAAGAUCAAUUACUCUUUUUUGAAAUCUUCUGAAAUAAUUUCUCUUCUUGUCGUAUUCUUUUUUUCACAUCGUGAAACUACAAACUCUUGGGAACUUUUAACCCACACUGUAUAAUAACUACGACUAUGCAAAUAUGAGAGACGUGACAUGCUAGUAAAUGACGAAUUGUAUUUUUGAAGAUACGACAUCAUCCGAUUAGAAAAGAGGAAUAUACUAUAAAUAAAAAAAAAAUAAAUAAAUAAAUAAAAGAAUAAAAAUACAAACAAAUACACCGAAUACCUUGUAAAGAAUAAAAAGAAGAAAACUAGAAAUGCGCCCAUACACACACACAUACACACAUACACGCACACAUGCGCUAUCGGAAAAUAGUCGUUGUUAAUCUGUUCUUAUCCAUAAAUUUAUUCACCCGUUAUCCAACAUAACAUUCAGAAAAGAGUAAUUAAUGUGAAAAACUGAUGGCUAUUAGAAAAACGAACAAAUAAGUAAAUAAAUAAAUAAAUAAAUAAAUAAAUAAAUAAAUAAAUAAAAAUAAAUAAAAAAGAACGAUAUAUUUAUAUGAAGAAAAGAAUAGACGAUUAAAUCCGAAAUAUUCGUUUUGUAAAUUUGCGUGAAUAGAUCGAGCGAUCGAAUGGCAUUAAAAAAAAAAAAAAAAAAACAAAAAAUCAUCUCGUUAAUCAAAGAGAAGAAAAAACAAAAAAUUAAAGAAGGAAAAAAAUAAGAAAAAAGGGAAAGAAGAACAUUGUUCUAAUAAUGUUUUACAACAACAAAUGCCGGUUGUACGUUAUCCUUGUGCCAAGUUCUUUGAAAAAAAGAAAACAAAAAAAUAAAUAAAUAAAUAAAUAAAUAAAUAAAUAAAUCGAUCAAUCAAUCAUAAAUUCGGAUUAAUAAAAAAAUAAAUCAUUUCGCUUUUAUUAUAAAGAAUGAUAAUAAUAACAAAAAAAAAAAUAAAAAAAGAGAAAAAAAGAUUUAUCAUUAUUAAUUACAAUUCAUUUUAUGCUUCGUCGUUGGUUUUUUUUUUUAUAAAACUUCAUUUCAACACCUUAGACCUUUAAUUGAAUCAUUUCUAAUCUAUCUCACACGCUAUGCACCUAUGCACCUUUGCACCUAUGCACUUAUGCACUUAUGCACCUUUGCACCUAUGCACUUAUACACUUAUGCACCUAUGCACCUAUGCACUCGCAUGUUAUUAACACAAUCAUUCUUGCAUCUGUAAAAUCUACAUCUAAUAUUAAUAUCAAUAUAAUAAGUAUAUUAAGCGACGUAUUAAUAAUAUAUUAAUAUAUUAAUAUACUUAUUAUUGUUUGAAGAAAAGGAAAAGAUAAAAAAAAAAUUGGAAAGAGAAAAGGAAAGGAAGAAAAUGUAAAAAAAAAAAAAAAAAAAAAAAGAAAAAGAACACGAAGAAAUUGGCACAAGUAUAACGACAAUGAUAAUGUCAAUUGCUUUUCUCUCUCGAUUAA